CGAACCAGUCACUGGCCAUUUCUCUAGACUCCCUGGAGCGAGGAGAGAAGACAGGGUAUGGGGUUGCCUGGGAAGCCAGACCCUUCUCUCAGCCCCAGCAGGUGCUGGUCAUUGCACUCAGGUUGCUCAGCAGCAACAACUGGGAGCAGCAGAUGAAGGGACUCUUUAACAUCAGACACUUGGCUAUCUGCCACUCAGAAAUCCUUCUCUCUAGACUGCAUGAUGUUUCUGUGGCAAUUACCGAAGAGGUGAAAAAACACCACUCAAAGGUGUCUGGCUGUGCGGUCGUCACUCUUGGAGAGCUCUUCAAGACCUUGAGGAAGCAGAUGGACCAGGAGGUGGAUACAAUUGCUUCAGUCUUGAUUCCGAAGUUAGGGGACUCCAGCAAGUUAAUCCGGGAAGCAGCUGAUCAGUCUCUAGGAGUGAUGGUGGUGAACGUGACACCUGCACGAGCAAAAACUGCUCUCAUGGCUACUGGAGUCAGGCACUGCAACGCCCUGGUGCGGAAAUGCGCGGCCAAGCACCUGCUGACGGUGAUGGAGCACAUGGGAGCUGAGAAGCUGCUGUCAGGCAGGAGCGACAGGACCCAGCUGCUGCUGUGCGCGCUGGUGAGGCUUGCUCGGGACAGUCAGCAGGACACGAGGUGUUAUGGACAGCAGAUGCUGAAUAUAUUGAUGAGUCAUCCAAAAUUUGGUAACUAUUUGAGACAGCCUGCCUUCUCACAUGACUUGGAGGAAAUCAUGGCCACAAUGAAGAAGAGAGGGAAAGAAGACCAUAAAUGUGAACCUCCAUCUGCCGGGGACCCGAGGGUGUCUAAGAACAGCAACCUGAAAACAUUCCAGGACAAAUUGCCUUCUGGCCCAGGUGGACGGACCUUGCCCUGUCAGAAACUCCCUCACACCUCAGCUGGCACUGUGGAAGACACUGCACAGCUCCUGGAGCUUAAAGGCCUCCUGACAGCCCAGGAGUUUCAGUCACGAAUGAAGGGAUUGGUACUCCUCUUGGAUCUCUGCAAAAGCAACCCCCAGUUAAUUUCCAGUCACAUUUUCCAGAUUUUUGGUGUUUUGGUCCUGACACUUCAGGACUGCCACAAGAGAGUGAGCCAGCAGGCGCUGGAGGUGUUUGCUGUAAUAAUACCCAUACUCAGAGGUGCCCUAAAGCCAGUGACACCCCGUCUCAUGACAGCAGUCCUUAGCCACCUGAACUCGAAGGACUCAGGGAUUUAUGCUGGGGCUGUGAAGGUGUUGGAAGCAUCUGUGGCUCACCUAG